CCGAGAUCUAAGCUUUGAAGCUCACGGUUCGUGCCAAAUGGCACAUGCCCAUCGAACUUAAUUAUCCACUGAUUUGCUGAUGGAAACUUCGUACGUACUUAGCGGUAAGAUUCAAAAGUGCGAUCCCGUUCACACAGACGUUUAGUUUGGAUAAGUCUGUCGCUUUCAAAAACAAAACGGCAAUCAAAUUAUCUCCUGCAAACGUAUGAGAUAUGACGCUUAACCUUGACAGUGUCUAUGACUGCCGGCCGGCAAGCGGGAUACUUUGUUUAGGCUACCAAUUAACUCAUCUCCUGUGUGUGUCACUAUGGAAAAGAAUAUUGUAGCAUAAGUGAGGAACUGAAGAUAUAUAAGAACAUGACAUGAGUAUACACUGACCAACAAAUUAAAGUGAACACAGAUGAAGCCAACAGGCAUUUCGCCCUCUUUUUCCCGCCACCUUGGCCCACUGCUUGUGCUCUUGCUGCACCAAGCUCAUCUGCUUGUAGCCAACGUACUCACCACCGGAUCGACUCCGCUCAGGCCUCCAAACUACAUCACCUGCUCUUCCGGGGAGUAUGCGUUCGGGUUCCGUGCCCUCGAGGCUGACCCUAGCCGGUUCUUCCUCGGCGUCUGGUUCAACAUCAACCUCACCCAGGAGGCCAACCCAGCGGAGCAGAAGGUGGUGUGGUACGCGAAAGAUCCAGGCUCGGACUCGGCCGUCAACGUGAUGGCGCUAUCCGUGCUCGACAUCAUCGAUGGCUACCUCUCCCUCGGCGACACCAGCGGCAUCAUCAUCUGGAAGAACCCCAACCCUGGCAUGCUGUACGGCGCUGACCUCGUGCUUCAGGACUCAGGCAACCUCCAGUUCCUCGCCUCCAGGGAUAAGACUGUCGUGUGGGAGAGCUUUCGGGAUCCGACCGAUACGCUCCUCCCAGGGCAGUCCAUGGGCCCUGGAUCAGCCCUUCAUUCGAAACACUCAGACACAGACUUGUCUCGCGGCCGCUUCGGCCUGUACGUGCAGGACGACAACAAUAUCGUCUUCUACCUCAUGAACCUUGCCGCUGGCAGUCUGGCUCUGGACCAGUACAACGCAUACUGGGCGAGCAACACCGUCACCAACCAAACUCAGGACGGCAACACGACUCUUUUCUUCGACUCGCCGGGGCAUCUCUACUACCAAACCAAGAACGGCAUGGUGCAUGACGAGAUACCUCCACUUCUGAACUCCACCAUCAGUUACCACCAGCAUGCAACGCUUGAUCCAGACGGCAUCGUCCGCCUCUACACCCGGCCGAAGAAUGCCACCGGUGGAAGGAACAUGUCGUGGGCAGUUAUGGGACAGUUCCCAACUGAAGGGUGCAAGAGGGGCACCAAACUCCAAGGUUUGUGUGGCAUCAACUCAUUCUGUGUAUAUGGUCCUAACGACCGGCUUGAUUGUGAGUGCCCAAGCGGCUACUCCUAUGUCAAUUCUCAGCUCAGGUACAUGGGCUGCACACAGGGGUUCAUGCCACAGAGCUGUGAUGGGAAGAACCACUCUGCCGAGUUUGGGGUCGUCAAGCACCCGAACACCAAUUGGGCAAAAUCGCCAUACGAGAGACGUUUGCACAUUACAGAGGAUGAGUGUGCAAGCUACUGCUUGAACGACUGCCUCUGCGCCGCUGCUACUUAUGAUGGUACUUACUGUAGCAAGAUGGUAUCGUUGGCAGGUGUUGGACGGCGCGGAGGAGACGUUGCCAUGGAUACAUUGAUCAAGGUGCGGACGAGCAGCCCCUCGGUGCCGUCGUCACCGAGAAGGAUAUUGCCUUAUGUACUACUUGGUGGCUCAGCAUUCCUGUUGCUGUCUGCAGUAAGUAGUCUCAUGUUACAUUGGUACCUUAGGACCAAGAACACCAACCAUGACUUUGUGAGGGCUUACACCGCAAAAGAGCUUUACCAAGCCACCAAUGGCUUUCAUAGGUUGCUAGGCAGAGGAGGCUUUGGUGAGGUCUAUUAUGGGAUGUUGAAGUCGCUACACUACCCUGAGAUAGCAGUGAAGAAGCUCAUCAGCUCCAAUGAUUACAGCGAGAGGGAGUUCGCGAAUGAGGUACAGUCCAUCGGCCAGAUCCACCAUAGGAACCUAGUCCGCAUGGUUGGUUACUGCAAAGACCGAGCUCAACGGAUGUUGGUGUUCGAGUUCAUGCCAGGUGGUUCCCUUCGGAGCUUCCUUUUCCAGCCUCAGCGACCGAUGUGGUGUUGGCGUGCUGAGGCAGCACUCGGUAUUGCCAAGGGCCUAGAGUACUUACACGAAGGAUGCAAUUAUCCAAUUAUCCAUUGUGACAUCAAGCCCGACAAUAUAUUGUUAGAUAACAAGAAAAAUCCAAAGAUUACUGACUUUGGGAUUGCCAGGCUUCUUAGUGACCAGCAGAUGCACACCACGGUGACCAAUGUCAGGGGCACAAGGGGGUAUAUUGCCCCUGAGUGGUUCCAAAGCGACAGGCGCAUCGACACCAAGGUUGAUGUGUACAGCUUCGGUGUUGUGCUACUAGAGAUGAUAUGCUGCCGAAAGUCCCAGGAGCCAGUGCCUGGUCAGGAUGGUGACGACUCGGUCAUGCUAUUUGAGUGGGCAGGUCAAUUGGUUGGUGAUGGCAGGACCGAGGUUUUAUUUCAUAGCGAUGAUGACGCCAUUGAGGAUUUGGUCAGAGUGGAGAGGUUUUUGUGUGUUGCUCUCUGGUGUAUUGAGCAGAAUCCUUCACUCCGCCCGACUAUGCAUCAGGUGGUGCAGAUGCUGGAGGGUGUGGUUGAGGUCGACACUCUACCAGCUCCUACAAGCUCCAACUGUUCAUCGCCGUUGACCUCUUCGGUCGACGAGAGCCCUCUGUUGUCAGGUGGUGCUACUCUUGCGAUAGAGUGAUUCUUACCGUACUUUUUACGAACGCUAAUUGUUUCACCAUUGUGUAACUGUUGAUGGUGUAGCUACGUUUCUGUAAACAUGACAUCAGUCUUGCAUUCUAGCUACAUACAUGUCUUCUAGUAAAUGUCAGCAUAUGCUAUGUAUUCAUCCAUUGUGGUCCAGUUAUGCAACAAUCCUUUGGUUUGAGCACUAAUUUAUCAUUAGAUUUUUUUUUUGACUCCUUUCUGAUCA